AUGACGACCACUGACUGCCAGCUGGCAAACGGCUGGUGCCCUCACCAGCUCUUGCUUGCCACUUUUACAGCUGCAUAUUCUGUAUCGGACAAUGAGUCUAUCAGAUCAAAUCGGUUAGAAAUUCCCUUGACUUUCGAGUUGAAAUCGGUCAUGAACUGGAACAACGGACAGCUUGCCCGCCACUCACGGAGAAGCUACAACAUUGAUGCGACCAGGCAGAAGCAGUAUUUCGCCCAGGCCAAGCGCCAGAAAGUCACCGAUUCACGAAGACGAAAGUACAACGCGGAGGAUUUUGUUCCAAGCUAUCUCAAGGACCCGCAGGAGGUAUCGGUUCAACAGAUCCCUGAGGCGAUACGGCACAGAGAACCGAGAAGCAGGCUUUUGACACUGCAAGACUUGCCCGAGACUUUGCAGCAGGCAACAGAGUAUCCAAAGAACGGCGGACGCAUAGAGAAGAUAAAGAGAAUUCAUAGCUCUCAGGAACAAGAUGAAGCGAGUAUGGACGCAAAACGACGCAGAUUAUUACAGCAGAGCGACUGGUCCGGCGUGGAGCUACAGAAGCCUGUGAUCAUCACCUACCCGGAGACGGCGAGAUCAAGAAAAUCAUUUCAGCGCCACUUAUCACACAAUCAAUUCGGAUCGCCUCUGGCCGAGGAAUCAAAUGAUCGAGUUUCUGCCCACACCGUGAUCAAAAUCGCGAGCCAGGAAUACCGCUGGAGUCCUGGAAAAAGCAGCAUCAGGACGUGGCAUUCUAAAGGACAAAGUGCAUUACCAGAGACGCCAAUUGUCGAGCGAGGGUCAUUAUACGACAUCUCGUCAUCCGCAUCCAAAAGUUUCAGCAGUUUCAUUCCAGAAUCUCCUUGCGCUGAGCGGGCCUUGCAGAUUGGGAAAGCAAAGGCUGGCCGCGAGACGCAGGUACAGAGCAUGCCGCACACGAGUCCAUCUAUAUUCGACCAGCCUUUGGUCAAGGCUAUUCCUGCAACACAAUUUCUUCAUCCACAACCUAUUAGAUGCAUGCCGCAAAGUGUCUAUGCAAGGUUGUCGGAUUCAGCGCUUAGUGGUGAUGUCGCACUGAAUCUCGAGCCAGCGAGUCUUUCGCGGCUACAGAGCGAUGGGUCCAGUUACGUUGCGGCUACGGCGAGCAAGUCUGGGGAAGGUGUGGUAGCGGAGCCUGUUAAAGAAAACAGCUCAAGCAAAAUAUCCGAGUCCCCACGAGAGUUCAGACAACCGGGCAUAUGCAAUGGUUUACCUCUUUCAAUUGAGCGCAACCUCGAUCUUCCCUCGCCUCGACGGCCGUCGUCCCAAGCGAUUGCAGACGUUCCUGAUAGAGGAUUUCUUCGAGGUAGCGACUCCCUCCCGAGCAGUAUCACCACACCCGACGUGUACAGAAUAGCUGAGACAAGUCAUCUGGGCAACCGGCUGUCGGCGCUGCCCUACAAGCGCUCGGUGCCAACGGCGCCAGAGCUUGGUAACGAGGACGAGAACAUGGUGUGGAAGCGGUUCGUGCUUGGGUCUUAUCACUCUGUCCCUGUCGCUAUUAAGUCAUCUGAGCAUUGUGGUCCCGAGGGAGAUGAAGCGUCCGACAGCCGGAGCAAGCUCGGGGUCAAGACUGCGGCGAUUGAAGAAAAUGCAUCUCCGGGUCCUACCACACGACGGUGUCAGGUCCCCACGCCGGCUCCAAUUGGGCCAGCACCGCCACUGACCAUUUCCGCGAAAGGCCCGUCGACCACCAGUAUGCGCUUCUCCAAUAAACCCCAGACGACCUGUGACGAUGAGGCCCCCGCUUGUUUCGGUGAAUUGCGAGAUGAACCCGAAGUAAUGACCGCAUUACCCACAGAGUCGAAAGCUGUAUCGCAAUCUACAUUGCUGGAGGUGCAGCACAUGACUUUGAAGCCAGAGUCGACGUUCCACCCACCGAGUCUGUUUGUGGGCAGGCUGGCCGCCAGUGGUGGUGCCGGCGCUGCUGUGGCAGCGGUACCCAAGACCAGCGAGCUAGAACAGAGCAGCUCCUUCGCGCCAAAAGCACCAUCGGGGCGACUGAUGAGCCGAAGACGACGUAAUAGGCGACGCGAGGCUGGACGGCCGGAUAUCAGAGCACUGCCCAACAUACAGGGCGAUCCGAUUGAGUUUACACCAUGA